AGCCCUCCCGCCGACGAUGCCACCGGAGAGCACUCGUCUCAACCCUAUCGUCGCCGCGAAUCAGCCGUUCAAGAGCAUUUCGGAGUGGAGCCCCGGGACGCGUUGGCCCUCGGGGCCUCGCACCUCUACCAGGAAUCCAGGAUACCGUCGCCGGCGCCGAGCGGGUCCUGCGCGCCAUCCGCCCGACCGGACAAGGCGCGCCGCACCUGUUCGCGUUCGAGGCCACGACCACGCACCACCGCGGUGCGAUCUUGCCGUGCCGCUUGGCGGCAAAGCUGGCCGCCGUCGCGCUCGCGCCAGCGUGACGCCAACCGCACACUGGAGAAGGCCUACCUCGGCGGCGGCGGCGGCGGCUAGGCUGUUCCACCUCUUCACCUUCGCCACCGCGUGGGGCUCCGGGCUCCGGGUCAUCUUCUCCGGUGGGAUCGUCCUGUUCAAGUAUUUUUCCAACAAGGCAGUCAUCUUCUGCUUUGAGGGGAAGGAAAAGGAUGAAGAUGAUGGCACCACUCGCGAGAGGAUCAUUUUAUGGGAUGAGGAUCGAACUAAAUUUAUGCUUGGUUGGUUCAUUGACUACAUAAAGGAGCAGCAUGCUGCUUUAAGCAAGAGUGGUAACACAUUUGACACCUCAAGAUCUAUGAUUAUCAUAUCUGAAUCAGAGAAGGCUAACCUACAGGUCAGGGCAAGAAGGCUCCUGUCCAAACCCAUCAAAUUCUUCAAUGAAAUGCAAGAACUAUUCCUUAACAGCAGUGUUGAUGGUUCUCUUGCCAUGGACGCCAAUACUUGUAUGAAUGAGACACAAGCUGAUGAAGAUAAUGAUUAUAAUGAUGACAUAUGCAAUGACUUGUCCAGCUAUGCUCCGUCUGAAGAUAAUCUAGGUGAUGAUUCACACACUUUACCUUCCCCUAUAAGUGGACAGCCCAGCAUAACAUCCCAAGUGGCUAAGCAAAGCUCAUCUAGCUCGGGAGUCAAGCGUCUAAGAAGUGAGGGAAAAGCACCCAAGAGAGAUGUGAGACCAAAGAGCCGCAUGUCUAGGGUAGGAGAUGCAAUCACGUCUACUUUAGUGGAACUUCAAAAUGAAAUCAAGAAGCCACCACCACCUCCACCACCUAUGCGCAGCUCUGAUGAUAUAUUAUGA